AUGGAAGUAAUAAAAGUGCUUACCGCUGUCCUUUUUGCUUUGGUGAUUCUAGGUGCUCGAAAUAUUCAAGCACGCCCAUCCAAUGAAAGUGAUUUUUACACUGCUGGUGUCUUGGAGUAUCAUUAUUUACUUUCCAACACAUCGUUGCGGGAUUCCGUGGAUCUGAACCUUAAUGAAUAUAUCCGCUUCAUAGAACUCGCUAAAAGAAAAAAUGUUGAUGUUUUAGUGUUUCCGGAAGGAACACUCAACUAUGACUUCCUCGACACUCGAGAUGAAUUGAUCGACAAUGCAGUAGUUACUCCAGAUCCAAAGCUCAAGAUUGCCCCAUACAAGCAUAAGGAUAAAUAUUCAUGGAUUUUAGCGAAACUCUCUCAGGCUGCCAAAGACAAUCAGAUUUAUGUUCUGGUCAACGUGGUUGAAAAAGUACCUUGCACAGCGGACUCGGUUGCGUGUAAACCUCCAUAUAAUGUUCACCAUGACGGCUAUAGUCUCUACAAUACUAACGUAGUUUUCGAUAGAAAGGGGCGUAUAAUAUCCAGAUAUCGUAAAGUGAACCUUUAUAUUGAGCCUGAGAUGGAUGAUGUUGUCGAUCAACCGUUGCCCAUCUUCGAAACGGAUUUUGGUGUCAAAUUUGGACAUUUUAUUUGUUUCGACAUAAUGUUUAAAUAUCCUGCGAGAGUAUUAGUUCAACAAGAAAAUAUCACCAAUAUCCUUUAUCCAACAUAUUGGUACGCGGGCCUCCCUUUCUUCAUAGCUGAAACCAUACAUCAGGGUUGGGCGUACAGUAACAAUGUAAAUUUCAUGGUCUCUGGUGCGAAUGCGCCUCAAACGGGAACAACUGGUUCAGGAAUCUACUUGGGUCGCAAACGGAUUCAAGCCACUUUAACAAAACCAUAUCCAAUUCGAGAACUGUUUGUUGCAAAAGUACCCAAGAAUAUCAGAACAGAUGUCGAACUCGAACAACCUCAGAUUAGAAAGGAAAGUUCACCGGCAGAUCUUCUCAGAUUGUAUGUAAACGAAAGCUGGGAACAUCAAAAUUCUGUUAUCUAUCCUAUCGUAGAGCCGCAGGAAACUAUAUGCGUCGAUAAUAAUAAAUUAUGCUGCACCGUUGAGGUUAAGAGAAAGUACCUUCCAGUUCCUGAGGGAGCUUCAUCAUAUAACUACAUGCUAACCGUGAAUUACACCAAGAAACUUUACAUAGAAAAACGAAAUGUAGGCGAAAUAACUUGCGCCAUUAUAGCAUGCACCGGAGAAACCACAGAUACUUGCGGAGGAAGAUUUCAUCUGGACAACGAAGUCCAAAGGAUCGAAUUCGAACAUAUCAAAAUUACAACCAAAAUUCAUUCGGAUCAAUAUGAAGAAGUGAUGGUGAUACCAAAUAUUGUGCCUACAAGACUUUCACCAUUUGAUGUCUCGAAUUUCACUCUUAGUGAGAUUGAUGUGUCAGGAGAUCCACGACACCGCCACAAAAGUUUCACGCUUGAGUCGACCGCAACAGUGCCCGAGUUUUUAGUUUAUGGAAUUUUAGGACGCGACUUUGGCAUGGAUAACGACAGAAUGGAGGAUAUUGCCCGCCAUCACACGAAAUCCUAGCAUAAUAAAAACUCAGUUUGAAGUCAUUGCAAGUGCUAUAAG